UAUCGUGACAUAAGAACAGCCGAUCGAAAGGUGCCCUCGUGCGUAAUUGUAUGUGGCACGAGGGUCAGAAGUGUUCAAAGUUGGCCGGCUAAUCCCUCGUAAUCUAAUAAAGAUAAAAGUGGUUGGCGAAAAACACGACAGCGAUGCAUUGAUCAGCGGAAAAUAGGCGAUGGCUGGACGAACGUCCAGAGAAGAACGCGAGACAACCCCACUGAAAAAUGUCGAUAACCUACAGCACCCGAUCGCGUCCACGUCCACGUCCACGUCCACGUCCACGUCUACAUCAACAUUUACAUCUGAGCCAACGAAUAACGACGUGGCUAACAAGGAGGAAUUGGCGAUAGAAGAGCGACUGGUUAGCAAAAUGUUCUCUUACGAAAUUGUUUGUUUCCUCCUUGCCAUCACUUUCACCGCACUGGCUGCAUUGCACGGCGCGCACCCCAGAGUCUCCAAGCCUCCUAUAGCUAAACCUUUCUUCAAUCGGAGCUCUGUUGUGUUGGAUUUUUAUAAGGGCCAUUUAAGUGCAAUGAUCGAGAGGAUAACGCAAGCUGAUUUCAGCUUUGUCAUGUAUUAUGCUCCUUGGGAUGCAGAGAGCCAAGCACUACGACAGGAAUUUGAAAGCGUUGCUCAGUUUUACUACCCACAGAUAUUUUUCGCAGCCAUUAAUUGUUGGCAUCCUGAUUCAGAAUGUAGAGCACAAUAUAACAAAAUUCAUGGUUACCCAGUGUUGAUGCUGUAUCCAUCCAGGGAUUCCGGUAUUAAUUACAGAGGUAUUCGUACAGCACCAUACAUGAUCCGUUUUCUAGAUGCAAUUAUGAAUCCUAUCAUCAGAAUAAUUCAUAAAGAACAGCUGAUGGAAUUACUAGUUACCUAUGAUGCAGUAGUUGUGGGAUAUUUUAAUUUUACACGAUUGGAUAGAAUUCCUGGGUACAAAGAGUUUUAUAAAGCUGCAAUACGAUCACUAGAGAGGGAUCCUAAUAGAGAACUGGUGUUUGCUAUAGUAACUAAUGCAUUAUCCAGCGAAUUAAAUUAUGGAAUUUAUAGAUUUCCAUCGGCAAGCUUGCUCAUGUGGAAUGAAUCAUUAAGUUAUCCGGAAGACAAGGAAUGGAUUUCCGAGAACAUUCUGAAUUGGAUCAGCAGUUCUAUCCAUCAACCAUCUCUCUGGUUACAACCACCUGGUGUUAAAGCACUCACACUCGCGCCAUAUCUGCGCGAGGGUCCAGUCUUGUUUCUUUUUACACCACGAAAUCCACUUCAUACGGAAAAUUACAUUUACAACCUGGUCAGGGAAGUCGGCUUGCAAUAUUAUAACUGCGCGGAUAAUAUGUUAGUGAAGGAUAUAGUUGCGCGUUUGGAAGCGAAACGACGUACAGCAAUAAUUCGUCACUUCUCUAGAAAUGAAGAAUGUGCCGAACUUCUAAAUGAGAGUAAAGUCUAUGUUGAGGAAGCCAAGGAACCGGUAGCCAGUGUAUCGAUUCAGCAAUGGAUCAACAGUAGUUGCUGUGCAAACAUUGCAAUGAAUAAGUGUACUGUGCGCGAGAUAAAGACAAUGAAUCCAUUAACGCAGAAGAAGAUGUGUAUGACCACAUCUGAAAAAUUUGACGGUGUUUGCAAAGAUACCGAUGUAUUUACGGUAACGGUCCGCCAAUGCGGCAAGCAGAUAUACAGUCACAGGAAUUAUGCGAAGAUGAAAGAGGGAGAAUCAAAAAGAAUGUAUGCAGAUGUGAAAUACAAAGCGUCAUUGCCGAAGGGAGAGGACGAUCCACUAUCCGCAAGUAUGGCGAGAAAAAAUUUCUUGAAAGAACGUUGCAGAAGAUGGUUGGCUGGGAACAAUUACCACCCGUCGUUGUUCCCGCGAGAUUCUCCGAAGCAGUUUAACAUCAGCUUGAAAGAAUCAGUUUGCAAGACUAACAAAACACUAGCUUUGAUAGCUAUCGACAGUUUACAUUACUUUCACUUUGCGGAACGUCUCGGAAUUGAUAUCUCGAAGCGAAGAAAUAAAACUACAGUUAUCAUCUUGGAUGCUGCGCUGGAGAGCCAAUAUGUCAUGCAUCAUGAUUUUAGCGAGUACGCACUCGUUGAUUUCAUAAACAAUUAUACACAAGGUCUGUUGGAGCGAACAUUACGCUCGGAUAAUUCGCAAUGUUGUGAAACACAAGAGCAAAGAACCUCAUCUAAAGAGGAUAGCUGUAACAAUGUCAACACACGUUCGAAGAUUCGCAUCCCAGAACUGACUACAGAAACUUUCUUAGACACGAUUCUAGAUCCAUCCAAGGACGUAGUUAUAAUGCAUCAUUCUCCUUACUGCGGAUUUUGCAGUGCUGUAUCAUACAUAUAUUUGACAGUAGCGCAUUAUUUGUCCAAUAUGGAUCAUAUGAUCUUUGUAAGAAUUGACGGUGACAACAACGAUUUACCGUGGGAAUACAGUAUGAAUCGUUUUCCAUCCAUCUUAUUCUUUCCUGCAAAGAGAAAGGAAGAUAGCACGGUAUUUCCAUUCUCUGUUCCUAUCACUAUUCCGAAUUUGCUGAAUUUUGUGCUGGCAAAUUUAGAUGGUGAUUCCCAUGUUGAGGCGCUGACCAACAUUUGUCAAGCAGGGAGUGGCGAAGCGCCGGAUAAAUGUAUUGCUAGGACUCGAUGGCUGUGCUUAGAUAUUAUCGAGCAACUCUUGCAUGACUAUAGGAAACUGAGGCGACAUUUGAGUUUCUUAGAUAAGAAGACCGCACGCAAUAAGCGCAAGAUCAUUUUUCUGAAGUUAGAGCACAUCAAGGAUAUUCACUUUACUUUGGGUUCUACCGUGAAUCUCGCUGAAGAUCAGAAGAAGGCGCAACUAAUCAGGGAGAAAUUUUGUAAGUACUAUAAAGCUCUUAGAAUGUUAGAGACGAAUAACAAAACAGAAGGAAGGCAACAUAAAUCGAACAGCACCGGAGGACACGUGUCGAGUCCUAAGCGAGAAAUGAAGAGAAGUAAAUUGUGAUAUAGAUUCCGCCUUACGAAUAUUAAUCAAUGUACGUCCACGUGAUGGUGGAUACCGAUAUUUUGGGAUAUCUUAGACAUACUUUGGCCAAUACUAUCGAUGCCAAAUUUUAUUAAAAUGAAAUGAAAUGUGUAUUUUCUCGCUUGGUAUUGGCUCUGUUUUCAAAAUAUGUUCAUAUCAAAAGACUAAAGUGCAGAUUAAGCCAGCAAGGAUUGUACACAGAACUGAUGCUUCUGCAACUAAUGUAGCUUCGUGAUAAAGCACAUAAGUUGUAGCAAAUACAAGACUAAAGAAGAGAACAUAGCCAAUGUUAAUCGUGUAAAAAAUAUUACAAAGGAAAAAGAUAUUGUAAAAUAUAAUAAUAAUUCUUACCGCCCGAGAGAACAAAGAUCGUUCUAAUAUGAAAGAUUAAGACAAAUUUGUGAUCUGCUCGUUCGUAUCUCUAUAUAGUGUGCCUGCUAAUGGUGCGACAGCAUUUGUAAAGUUAUGUAUAUAUUGUUAUAUAUUACGAUUAUAGUGAUAAGUAUGUAUGCAUGCGUACGUGCAUAUGCCUGUAUGCGUGUGGGUUUGUGCACAUGCGACACCGCCGUUCGUCAUUGUUGAAAUUAAGCAAAAAAGUUGAAUCAUUAAAAAAAGGUGCAUUGAUUUAAUUUCCUUUGGAGUUGGUUACUACAUUUUGAUUAAAGAAUUCCAUAGUACAACGUGCGAUAUUUCUUAACUUUUUACUGCAUCUUCAGAUCUCAAUGUAUAUCAGAUCAUAUAAUGUGACAAUGCCGUGGUUGCGGCUCUUUAUUCGUCACCGACAUCAUAAUUAUUCUAAGAAAUGUAUUAAUGGCUGUGGAGCAUCAGGCGUUUAUAUGAAAUGCUACAGAGAUCUCCGAUAGGAGAUGCCUCAUUGCACGAGAAUAAAAUCGAUUAGCUCCUCGUCCCCAUUCCCAUUUGUAUAUUUAUAAAAUACGAACAAUAAGAGAGGAAUAUCUGUAAGAAUUGAAAAAAAUAUCAUAGAGAUAUCAAAAUCAUUCUGAAGCAAUGUUCUGGACAAGAUAAUACAGGUCAAGCGUAUGAUCAAUCGUGCGUUCGUCAUAUGUAUCUCUGAUUUAUUUAUAAAGUUGCGCUAAUUAUCGCACGUAAUGAAUCCCUGGUAAAAAUGACGCGUACGAAAGAAAAUUUAUUUCCUCCGGUGAUGCAAGUUAUGCGUUGGCCAUUUAUUGCGUUCUUUUUCACUGUAAAUCUCAUCUACAUACUGUCCAAUAUACUUAUAUGUUUCUUUUGUUAAAAUUAAUCAUUCCGUCUAACUACAAAUAGCCAAGUAAGAUUUCAAUCUGCGAUUUUCACAGGGGAAAGUGCUAGUCCCGUGGCGUGAUACAAUACGGUAUUGAUAUAUUCAAUAACGAGUUGUAAGUUACAUUUUUGUAUUGAAUGAUAUUACGGUUGAAUGCUGUGUGAGAUUAAAGCGGAUCAUGUAAAAAAAGAAACAACGAUGAGAACUAAUUUUAACGGAAUAAAUGGAUGUAUCGAUACACAA